AUGACCUCGCUGGCAGCCAGUCUGAUCCUGAUUCGGGUGUUGACACACACACACACGUACACUUUUUGCGGCUCAGUCAAAGCAGGCAUGAACAAGGGCAGCCGGCCACCGCCGCACCCGAUGGCAGCCAAGGAGCCAGCCAUGAGCCCCAUGGUCAAACCAAUGGCCAUGAGGCCACGGCCAUUGCGACCGCCUCUUCAACCUCCAGGUUUCACAGGUCCCUGCGGCAUGCAGAUGCCGGGCCGGCCAAUGGGAGCACCAGGCCCCUGCCCAAAUAGCUUUGGGCCAGGCUUUGGUCCCCCAAGCUUCCGGCCUGGAGGCGUGCCUACCUUUGGGCAGCCGCCUGCUUUGCCCCCGCCGCCAGGAUGUAUGGGUCAGGCGCCUUUGGCUCCCAACGGCAGCGCGAAGGCGAGGCCGCCCAUGGUCCUGCGCCCGGAGGAUGACAUAGAAGUCCCCCAGGCGGAGGACUGGCAAGACGAGCCAGAGCAGGCGGAUGAUUCCGAGUCGGAAAAGCUUCCCCCCGAGCUCCUGGAGAGCUGUGUGCUGCGAUGGCUGCAGCCGAAGGGUUCCGAGCUGAAGCCGCCCAAAGGCGCGGAGGCGGUCACCGCCCGGAAGAUCUACCGAUAUCGCCAGCGGCAGGUUGUUGAUGCCUUCGACAGGCUGCUGACUGACGUGGUGGACAGAACCCUCUUCGAAGUGGCCAAAGAGGUCUUCGUGGAAGCUCGGCCAGAUGCCGACAAAUCUUGGGACCUGUACUCGGCCCGUUUGGCUUACGGGCCCCAGGGGGACGGGCUCAAAGGUUUGCUGCUGGACGGAGAUGGUCACAAGGUUCUAGAGCUCAGUGGCGGCAAUGAGGAGGAGGAAAGAAAGGCCGCCGAGGCAAUGACCAAGGCGCCGCCCAAGGUGAAGGCGCCCCCGGAGGCCACGCCGCCUAAGGCUCUGCCUGUCGGGCCUGUGGCUCCCCAGGUGCAGCGACAGCCGCCGCAGUCACAGCAGGAGCAGGCGCAACAGGCGCAACAGGCGCAACAGGCGCAACAGGAGCAGGCACAGCAGGCGCAGCAGGCGCAGCAGGCGCAGCAGGCGCAGCAGGCGCAGCAGGCGAUGAUGGCGCCCAUGAUGCAGGUGCCUGGCAUGCUGCCCUUCCAAGCCAUGCCCUUUGCGCCGAUGGUGCUGGGCAGUGCGCUGUCAAUGGCUCAGGCGGAUGAUGCCAAAGCCAAGGAAGCAGAGAAGGCGGAGAGGGAGGCGAAGGAGGCAGAAGCCAAGGAGGCGCAGGCCAAGCGGGAAGCCGAAAAAGCGAAGGCCAAAGCCAGAGAGGCCGAGCGGGAGAGGAACGAGCGGAAGCAGGAAGAGAAGGAACCCGCGCCUGUGGAGUUCGAGGAGAUCGUGAACUCCAUGCCAGUGACACCCUUCUGGAAGAUUCCGGUGCAGAAGGCGGAGAUUCCGCUGGGCAUCCGUCUCCGGGUCUUCGACGGUGGCGGCGCCCGGGAGGUCGCGAGCAUGGCGAUCACCAAGACGCUGGUCUUCGGACAGGAUGCUGAGCGCUCUCACGUCGUCGAACGACACGGGCAGGGCGUUUACGCGGAGCAUGUGGCCUUGGUGUAUACCGCCAAGGGAUUUCAGCUGCACCCGAUCUCCGGGCAAAGUGUGCAGUCCGCGGUGGUCCACCACCCGAAGCUCCUGGUGAAGCUGCGCACCGAGUCCGAGAAGCUGCCUGAUGAGAGGAAGAGUUACAUCAGGGGCUUGCUGGACCAGAUGGAGAAGGCGGAACUCCGCUCGGUCCUGUUCCAGCCGGGCGACGGCCGCAAGAAGCUCACCUGGCAGUCCAGCACCUUUAGCCUGGGGCGAUCCGAGAGGAUCUACUUCCUGGACCUCAUCUCAACUGCCGAUCAGUUGGCGGAGGAGAGGCUGGAGGGCUGA